GGGUGCCGGGGAGCCCCGGCUUUGUUUCUGGGGCUGGGAUGCACGGUUUCUCAACUCCGUUCUCCACCCCCAUCCCCCCGCGCAGGAAACGCCCAGAACCACCCCGCGCUGUGGUCUACAAAGCCCGGAGCGUCCGAAGGCGGGAGGGGUUGGGCGAGCCCGGGAGGCAGGAGGAUCCCCACGGCACAGGCUCACGCCCGGCUCCCCGAUCAGGCCGCCUCCAGCCGCAUGAAGACCCCCAGGCCGGGGCUGAGAGCCUGGAGCAGCCCGAACUGAAAUCUUGUGGCGGCCUUAGAGCGUUAGACAGGAUGCGGCUGGGCCGCCGGGCCCUCUGUGUGCUGGUCCUGCUGCUCGCCUGCGCCUCGCUGGGGCUCCUGUACGUGAGCACCCGGGACGCGCCGGGCCUCCGGGCACCUCUUGCGCUGUGGGCGCCCCUGCAGGCCCCCCCAAGACCAGAACUGCCAGACCUUGCGCCCGAGCCCCGCUAUGCACACAUCCCGGUCAGGAUCAAGGAGCAAGUGGUGGGGCAGCUCUCUGGGAACAACUGUAGCUGUGAGUCCAGUGGAGGGAGCCUUUACCUACCCUUCCAGAGGCAGGUUGGAGCCAUUGACUUCACCAAGGCCUUUGACCCUGAGGAGCUGAGGGCUGCCUCAGCCUCCAGGGAGCAAGAGUUCCAGGCCUUCCUUUCCAGGAGCCAGUCUGCUGCGGACCAGCUGCUCAUAGCCCCUGCCAACUCCCCUCUUCAGUACCCCCUGCAAGGUGUGGAGGUCCAGCCCCUCCGGAGCAUCUUGGUGCCAGGGCUGAGCCUGCAGGCAGCUUCUGGUCAGGAGCUUUACCAGGUGAACCUGACCGCCUCCUUAGGCACCUGGGAUGUGGCAGGGGAAGUGACUGGAGUGACUCUCACUGGAGAGGGGCAGCCAGAUCUCACCCUCACCAGCCCAGGGCUGGACCAACUCAACCGGCAGCUUCAACUGGUCACUUAUAGCAGCCGAAGCUACCAGGCAAACACAGCAGACACAGUCCGGUUCUCCACGGAGGGACAUGAGGCUGCUUUUACCAUCCGCAUAAGACACCCCCCCAACCCUCGGCUGUACCCAUCUGGGUCUCUACCCCAGGGAGCCCAGUACAACAUCAGCGCCCUGGUCACCAUCGCUACUAAGACCUUCCUGCGUUACAAUCGGCUACGGACACUCAUCGCCAGCAUCCGCCGCUUCUACCCAACGGUCACCGUGGUCAUCGCCGACGACAGCGACAAGCCAGAGAGCAUUAGCGGCCCCCACAUCGAGCACUAUCUCAUGCCUUUUGGCAAGGGCUGGUUCGCAGGCCGGAACUUGGCCGUAUCCCAAGUAACCACCAAGUACGUCCUGUGGGUGGACGACGACUUCGUCUUCACGGCGCGGACGCGGCUGGAGAGGCUUGUGGACGUGCUGGAGCGGACGCCGCUGGACCUGGUCGGCGGCGCUGUGCGCGAGAUCUCCGGCUUCGCCACCACCUACCGGCAAAUGCUGAGCGUGGAGCCCGGCGCGCCGGGCCGCGGGAACUGCCUCCGGCAAAGGCGCGGCUUCCACCACGAGCUCGUCGGCUUUCCAGGCUGCGUGGUCACGGACGGCGUGGUCAACUUCUUCCUGGCGCGCACCGACAAGGUGCGCGAGGUCGGUUUCGACCCACGCCUCAGCCGCGUGGCGCAUCUCGAAUUCUUCCUGGAUGGGCUUGGUUCCCUUCGAGUGGGCUCCUGCUCAGACGUCGUUGUGGAUCAUGCAUCUAAGCUGAAGCUGCCUUGGACAUCAAGGGAUGUGGGGGCAGAGACUUACGCUCGGUACCGUUACCCAGGAUCACUGGAUGAAAGUCAGGUGGCCAAACAUCGCCUACUCUUCUUCAAACACCGGCUGCAGUGCAUGACCUCGGAAUGAUGGCCACUAGGGGCCUUCAAACUGUCAGGCUGGGCCUGCCUCCUUUUCCCUGCCAGGAAUUUCUAGAAAAUCCCAGGAAUUUCUAGCAAACCCCACCAUCCGGUGACCACUCCACUGACUGUCCCUGAUCCCCUUCAGAAUCUGAUCCCAAAUAGGGGCUUGUUCUGGUGACACUCCUCCUUUCUGCGAGUGCCCAGGGUUAGGGACGUGAUGGAGCCAUAACUCGUCCCACAGCCAGUGCCAAGUCCUCCCCCUGCCUCCUUCUCAUGGGGCAGGAAGUGGGGGGGGGGUGUCAACUUUCCAAGUGCCAAAGAGCCCAUGGGGACUCUAAGAACCUAAAGUGGAAAUACUCUCCUCUCAUCUCCUUGGGACUGAGGGGGUGGGGAAGCCCCCCCACGUGUGUUCCCAGGGCUGUGCCCCUCUCCCUCAUCUCUGGACCGAGGACUCUGUGCAUAGGCUCCAGCCCCAACCCCCUCCUCCACCCCAUGGAGAGAACUGGUGACUCUGGAGCUGGGGUGAGGGCUGGUGAACACACAAGUGAAAGCCAUUUUUAGUUGUGUCUGCAGUGCUGUGGGCAUGGAGAAAGGGGCACCAGGGCUCAGUGUGCGGACACCCAGGCUCACUUCAUGAACCCCAGAGGCUCUCAGCUUUAUUUUAUUAGUUACAUGAAGUAAGGGGACUCCACACACACAUAUUGCUGGGGCCCUCCACACUCCAGAUGACUGGGUCAGACCCACACUGUGCAAGUCUUUGGACCAGUAGGCUCCUGGAAAAGAGAGGGGAACGUGUCAGGGACAGCUUAGGUACCGUCCUCCCUCACUCAGCAUUUGGCAGCCCUCUGAGGGGCACACCACCCCACUUUGAAACCUUAGCUCCUCAGCUCUUCAUGCAGAGCUGGGCCCCAUCUCCCUGGCUUCGCCUUACAUUGACUCAUCAUUUCAUCCCCCCUCCCUCCUCUAGGUUCCUUCUCAGUCCCCUGCCCAAAACCCUCGGCCUAGGUCCUCAGCCACUGACUCACAUGUGACCUGCUAUAGCCCAGCACCUCCUGGAUUUCACUCCUGUUGCUAUUGCCCCCUCACCAGUCUCUCCAGGGCAUGAGCAGCUGCAUCCUGGACACUAACAAACAGCUGUUCUGGGGUCACUCUGUCCAGGAGUCCUGCCUGGGUCAGUGUCCCCAGCACUGAGGCUGUGUAGAGAGGCGGGUCAGGUUCUUAGCUCUUAAAUCCACACCGUGUCCUUUUCCCUCCCCCAAGUGUCCGGUCAUUCCCCAGGCUCCAGGUCCCUCCAGCCUCCACACCUCUCACCAUUACACUGAGCCAGGAGAAGGUGGAUCCCAGCAUCUCGGCAUCGGCUGGCCAGCUGUGGAGAUGGGGCAGGGGGUCAAAUCCUACGUCAGAGGGAAUGCAUGGGAUACUAAGGGGACUUUCUCCUCAACCUACCCUGCCCCUCACCUGUAGCACUUCUCUGGCUCCAGCAGCAUCUGCAAAGGCGAUACCACUGCAGUCUAGGACCACCACUCUGACGGGCUCAGCAACUAGGAUGGGAGAAGACAGGGGUAGCCGGACGCCCCCGCGGGUCGCGCCCAAGUCUCCCUCCUUGUCACCCCGUCUCACCUGCAUCAGGUGGGCUAUCUGUCUUUGGAGCCCCCUGUGAGUAGAGAAGGGCAGUUACCAUCUCCAAGACACAAGCAUGAACGUGCGCCCCUUCAGAAGACGCACCCGCCUCCCUCGCCCAGAGAAGCCACACUCCCCUCUGACCAGGUCUCUCACCUUGCCUCCUUCUCCAAGCCCCAGGUGCCACUCCAGGCUACGGCGAAACUGCCCACGGGUCCCAAAGUAGAGCGGUGAUGGAUAGCUCAGGAUGCAGAGCCCCGGGACCUUGAGGAGCUAAGAGGGCAGAGGGUCAGAAAAACACCCGGGUCUAGUCUUCCCUUCCCUCUUCAUCUGUAGCCCACCCACCUUGUGGCUCUCUCUGAGUGGUCUGUAGAGCUCCGUCCCCUCGGCAAGUCCAAGUGCCAGGCACUGCACCCUGGGCAGGAAGCUGGGGUCAGAUUCCCAGCCUGACCUGGCUGGAGAGUCACUCCAGGCACCUGUUCUCUCCCCACCGCUCUUCCCAACUCCUCUCAUCUCUCCUCCCACCUCUGGGUGCGGCAGACCACAGUCAUCAUGGAGAAGACCACACCAAUGGCCAGGCCCAGGUCCACACUCAGGAUCACUACGGCCACCCAUGUGACCAUCCAUACAGCCUGCAGGACAGGGGCGGGAGUGAAAUGCCAGGCGAUCACUGCUAGGUAAAGAGGUCCACAGGCGGUGCUGGCCAAGGCAAACGAUAGGGAGGGAUGGCCCAGGAGAAGGUAGAAAGAAUGACAGGAGGAGGGGACAGGACUGACCCAACAGGGGGUAUACACCAAAUGUAAUGACCCCAGACCUUGCACCAGCUGGGGAGGUACAAAUAUUCAGGCCUGAAGGGGUUCAAACCCCACCCUCUACCUUGUGUCUGAGUAAUGGGAUUAGAAGGUAUGCAUGUUGAGGGGGGCAGAGUGGGGGGACUACAGAACUUAGGACCAGGACAAUUAGCUGCAAACCAGGGCAGAAGCUGGGGAUGCUGGGAAAUGGGAGGGGGCAAUCUGGGGUAAUCCUGCCACUUCUCACAAAGUCCAAGCGGCUGAUGCGCCAUAGUUGUGGAAGUUCCUGCAUCUGGAAGAACAUCUGGCGCAUGCUGGAGAUGUUGAUGCAGGCCAGGACAGCCUUGGGGCAGAGGAGACAAGCUGACUGCCCCAAUGUCCUGGAAUAGAGCCAGCCCUCCCAGCCACCCCCAUACCUCCUCUGUUCCUUACCUUGGGCAGAUAAUAGAAGAAGGGCCCCAGCCACAGCAGCACCGAGAGGACGACUAUGCAGGAGAAGAGGCCUGCCAGCUAGAAAGGAGGAGGGAUGGAAGCAGAGAAGCAAGGGGACCUCAUCCACCCCUGUGUGAGAGCUGGCCGCCCUGCCCACUCUGCCUCACCUUCCUUGGAAGUCUCCCUCCUCCCAAAUCCCCUUCCAUGAAGAUAUUCCUCAGUCUCCCACUCCCUUCUUGCUAUUCUGCCUCUCACACCUACCUUUACCCUCUCCCAAUGAAAUGCCUCUCAUUCUCCAGUCUCUUA